AGGGACUGAUUUGUGUAUCCAAUAUAUAGGUUAGUCAUAGUCUCUUACAUUAAUAUUUGUGGCGUGUUUAGUUAUUAAACAUCUAAGAAUGGCUACUUUUCCUACUCUUCAUGGCCUGCACAACCCUCUUCCUCGAUCCCAAUUCCUAGGCCAAGAUCACCCUCUACUCACUCACCACUUCCCUCUCAAACAACAAGUACAUCAUCACAAAACAGCUCCAACUCAUGAAGUUCUAAAGCCACAUGCAAAGUUCAACAUAUUGGAAAUGAUGGGUGGGAGAGGACUUUGCAAUGGGGAAAAGGGUAUUCAACAAGAGCUGAAAAAGCAAGUUGUUGUUGAGGACCAGCCUUCACUAUCAUCACAAGAAGAAGCAUCAAGUGGUAACAAAGAGGAACAAGAAGAUGAAAGAAGUGUUGAGGUUCCUGAAGAUGGUUUUGAGAAGGAAAUGAUGGGGCUAACUGGGGGGUUUCCUGGGGGUGAGAAAGGGUUGAAGAAGUUUAUUGAGAAAAGCAACCCUCCUACUACAAAAGCUACUAAUAAUGUUGUCACCAUCUCGUUUUGAAAGAGGCCAUUGUGAAGAAUAUUCAAAGGAAAAUAGUGUUCAUUUUUAUUUUAUGUUAUAUAUGUGUCUGCCAUUCUGAUUUUUGACAAUCAAACUUGGAUGAGGUUUGCUCUCUUAUCUCCCCUUUUUCUCUGAUGAGUCUCAGAAUUUUGUAUGCAGACUUUAAUUAAAUAUUUUCCUUUCAAUUCAUCAUGAAUAUCUGUAUGGAGCUUAAUUAA